AUGCGAUCCUCAACCAUUCGCUGCUUCACCAUCUUCACCCUGUUACUCAUCGCCAUCCUCCCACAUGGACACGCAACAACCUAUAAACUUCUCUCUUCUCCUUUUUCAACCGCUCUCGAAACCCUCCAAAAACAACUCGGGUACAACUUCAAGAGCAUUGAUCUUCUCCGUCGCGCCAUGACCCACGCCUCUUUCUCCGAAGAAAACAACAAAGCUUUCGCCAUUCUGGGCGCCACUGUCAUCGAAACCUCCGUCUCUUUCCAUUUGCUCUCCAAAGACAUUGAUAUUUCUCCCAAAGAGCUGAACCGUCGAUUAUCCCAAAUCACCAACGUCGACUCUUCCUGCGCCGUUGACGGAACCCGAUUAGGGUUGCACAAGAUCGUUCGCGUCUCGCCCAAGACCAAUUCGUCCACCCCUGCCGUCGUUUGCGGCGCGUUCCGAGCAAUAUUCGGUGCCAUUUCUAUUGACACCGGCAAAUCCGAUGAUGCAGGUAAUAUUUUCUGGAACCUUCAUGGCGGUGACCUAGGAGCUGCUGUCGCCCUUUGA